AUGGAGCUUGACCGCAAUUUUCCAUCGCUUGGUCGCGUAAAGGAGUCACACAAAAGCCGCGCUUGGCAUGUGAUCGUGUCGCAUCGGAGACUCGCACCUCACUUCGAGACUGCUCGGCGCCACUUUUUGGAUCAGCAUCACUUUAGUAUUUGGAUUCCUGUGCCUGCCCUCAAAGCAGAUUGCAAGGAGAUGCACAGACGGCGACCAGGUCUGGGCUUGGCUGUCACUCUGUUGCUCGUGUACCUCGCAGGAUUCUUGUCGACACCUUUUGUGAACGUGUCCUCUGAAGUAACCUCGAGUGCAUCGAGCUCUCUGGCCCGACGAGCCGCAGAAAAGAGGCCGCCGCCGCGGGACAUGGAAACAAGCCUCAGUCCAGAGGAUACUUAUGAGAUGCCCCGGACUCCGGAGGAGGAGAAGAAGAUGAACUACUGGAAGAGCGACUUUGAUGAUCUUCCGGCAGAGGAGAAGCUUAAAAGCCCGCUCGUGGUUCUUGGCUUUUUUCUCUUCUUGACACCCUUCAUUGGUGGAUUCUAUCUCUUGGCCACUGGUGGAGGCUCGGAUGACUGA